UGUCCCCAACUCCGCCAGCUGUGCCUGGCAGAGACAGACCUCCGCUCCAUCCCCUAUGAGAGCAUCCCCGCUUCCCUCAUGGCACUGGAGCUGAAUCGAUGCGAAAUCCCUGCCGCCUGGUUCUGCGGCUCUGCCGCGAGGGCCUUGCCCCAGCUGCAGCACCUUAUUAUCCGCAACGUCCCUGCCUUUUCCAAUCACCAUCUGCUGAACAUCUCCUCCCAGAACCGCCUGAAGACGCUGAGCCUUUGUGGCACCUACCGCCUAACCGAGAUGGGGAUUCAGAGAGCGGCUCCGCACCUGGAGGAGCUGGAGCGCUUGGUGCUGUGCCACUGUGUCAUCGGUGACUCCGCCGUGGAUGUCAUCGGGCGCCACAUGAAACAUCUCCGGUUCCUGGAGAUCGGCGACGCCGACUCUCUGACGAACGCGGGUCUGGCUUGUUUAGCAACCCUGCAGCGCCUGGAGACGCUGUGCCUUGACCUCUGCGAUAAGAUUUCUCCCGGUGCUGUUAUUGCUUUGUGCCAAGCGCUGCCCCAGCUGAGAAACCUCAAAUUAGGCGGGGCUCACUUUGAAGGUGAAGUAAUCGAGAAAAUUCAGGCGAGUUUGCCUCAUUGUAGCUUUUCACAUACUCCUUGA